AGAAAGAAUUAGGGAAAAAGAAGAGAGUCAAAGUAUACGGAGGGAAUAGAAGCACAGAGAAGUCCUUCUCUGGAGCGAGACGAGGGUUAAAUCCUCCACACAGAGUGAAGUCUAUCUCCAUGACAACAUUCACACAACAGGAAAUUGAAUUCCUGCAAAAACAUGGAAAUGAAGUUUGUAAACAGAUUUGGCUAGGAUUAUUUGAUGAUAGAUCUUCAGCAAUUCCAGACUUCAGGGACCCACAAAAAGUGAAAGAGUUUCUACAAGAAAAAUAUGAAAAGAAAAGAUGGUAUGUACCGCCAGAACAAGCCAAGGUCGUGGCAUCAGUGCAUGCAUCUAUUUCAGGGUCUUCUGCCAGUAGCACAAGCAGCACACCUGAGGUCAAGCCCCUGAAGUCUCUUUUAGGAGAUUCAGCACCAGCACUGCACUUGAAUAAGGGUACACCUAGUCAGUCCCCAGUUGUAGGUCGCUCCCAAGGGCAGCAGCAGGAAAAGAAGCAGUUUGACCUUUUGAGUGAUCUUGGCUCAGACAUCUUUGCUGCUCCGGCUCCUCACUCAGCAGCCACAGCCAAUUUUGCCAACUUUGCACAUUUCAACAGUCAUGCAGGUGGAAGUGCUGGAUCAGUAAAUGCUAAUUUUGCUCAUUUUGAUAACUUCCCCAAAUCCUCCAGUGCUGAUUUUGGAACCUUCAAUACUUCCCAGAGUCAUCAGACAGCAUCAGCUGUUAGUAAAGUUUCAACAAACAAACCUGGAUUACAGACAACAGACAAAUAUGCAGCCCUUGCUAAUUUAGACAAUAUCUUCAGUGCUGGGCAAGGUGGUGAUCAAGGGAGUGGUUUUGGGGCCACAGGUAAAGCUCCUGUUGGUUCUGUGGUUUCAGUUCCCACUCAGUCAGGUGCAUCUUCAGACAAGUAUGCAGCCCUGGCUGAACUGGACAGUGUGUUCAGCUCUGCAGCCACCUCCAGUAAUGCGUAUACUUCCACCAGUAAUGCUAGCAGCAGUGUUUUUGGAACAGUGCCAGUGGGUGCUUCGGCACAGACUCAGCCUGCUUCUUCAAGUGUGCCUGCUCCAUUUGGAGCAACGCCUUCCACAAACCCAUUUGUUGCUGCUGGGGGUCCUUCUGUGGCAUCUUCAACAAAUCCAUUUCAGACCAAUGCCAGAGGAGCAACAGCGGCAACCUUUGGCACGGCAUCCAUGAGCAUGCCUGCAGGGUUUGGGACCCCUGCUCCCUAUAGUCUUCCCACCAGCUUUAGUGGCAGUUUCCAGCAGCCUGCCUUCCCGGCCCAAGCAGCUUUCCCUCAACAGACAGCUUUUUCUCAACAGCCCAAUGGUGCAGGUUUUGCAGCAUUUGGACAAACAAAGCCAGUGGUGACCCCUUUUGGUCAAGUUGCGGCUGCUGGAGUAUCUAGUAAUCCUUUUAUGACUGGUGCACCAACAGGACAAUUUCCAACAGGAAGCUCAUCAACCAACCCUUUCUUAUAGCCUUAUAUAGACACUUUACUGGAAUGAACUUUUAUGUGGUCAUAUUACAUCGCUCCGCCUCUUGCACUCUUGUCUUGUUUCACUGAUCUUAGCUUUAAACACAAGAGAAGUCUUUAAAAAGCCUGCAUUGUGUGUUAAACAUCAGGUAAUAAGUGCAAAACAGAGGGCUCUGAUAACAACUUUUAACCUGUGAAUUGGCAGAAAAAGAUAGUGGUAUCAUGUGUAUUAAAAAUUGGCUAAUACUAAGUUAUUGCAGACACCACAUUCAUUAUGCUGCAGUACUGUACAUAUUUUUCUUAGAAAUUAGCUAUUUGUGCAUAUCAGUAUUUGUAACUUUAACACAUUGUUAUGUGAAAAUGUUACUGGGGAGAUAGAUCAGCCACUUUUAAGGUGCUGUCAUAUAUCUUGGAAUGAAUGAACUAAAAUCAUUUUAACCAUUACUACUGGAAAGUUACAAAGGCGAAAUUGGAAGGUUUUAUUUGUUCUUGAAUUUUUUCUUUCUAAAGAGCUCUUCUAUUUAUACAUGCCUAAAUUCUUUUAAAAUGUAGAGGGAUACCUGUCUGCGUAAUAAAGCUGAUCAUGUUUUGCUACAGUUUGCAGGUGGAAAAAAAUAAAUAUUAGAAAAUAUGCUAUUGUUUUGUGUUCUUGCUGUAAUGCCUUUACCAAAGUGGCCUUAAAUAUGAGUAGUGAAUUGAGAACAUCUUGAAUUCUUAAAGACUUCUACUGACUAACUUUUUAUAAAAAGGCCAUGUAGAAAAUUUAUUAAAACUACUAGGACUGCUAUAUUCAGGAAUAUGUCCGUGGUAAAAGCAUUUAAAUGUAGCUUGUCACAUUCACCGUAAUACUUCUAAUUUCUUUGCAACUUGUUAAUUUUGUGAAAUUUGUAUAUAUGAAAAAUUUGCAUGUAUGUGUAUUUACAAAUUUUUUAAAAGAUCUUGAACUGUCAGACUGCAAAAGGCCUAUUUUAACUAUUGAUUUUAAAAUUUUGUCAUUGAAUGUAUUGGAAGCAGACAUGUAUUAACUGUGACACGAUUGCACCUGUUUUUGUGUUUCCCCCCUCCCCCCUUUUCUGGACAAACUGAUAUUAUCCAUAGAACAUUUGUUUAUGUUUGUCUUUUGGGGAAAAAACUGGAAGCCAGUGUUACCUUAAGUUUAUGGAAUAUUUUGUUUAAAAAAGGCAGUGAUCCUAAGUUUAGUUGCAUCUUUUAGUUAAUAUUCCAAUGAACUUGUUUAUUUAUAUAUAGUAAAGCCUCAUUCAUCCAGAGAUAAUCUGGCAGUCUCAUCGGUACAGACACAGCUAAGAAACUUGGAUUUUUUUAAAGAUGCCUUCUAGCAACCCAUACGUCGUGAAGCCUGUGUUGGAAUACACGUUUGUUUUUAUGUAAAAUUUAAAUAAUUUUGAUUAUUGAGUUUCUUAGCCCCAUAGCAUAUUUGUAGCCGAGAACUGAUGACUUGGAAAGGAGACUGAAAAGACCGUGAAGAACAUACACCAUCCACAUUCACUCUCAGUAUAGGGACAGUCAGCUCAGCUGAAAGGACAUCAUUGUGUUACAUCAUCUUCUGACACUGGUCCGUUAUUAUAGCUCUGUGCCACCAAGAAAGGGUGAAAUUGAAUAUACAAAUAUGUAAUACUUAUAUGAAAAGUUUUAUUUUAAAAUGCUUCAAAAUCUUGAAAAGCAUUGGCAUUAAAAGAGAUGAAUAUCGGUUUCCUCAAAUGGUUGUUCAUGUUGAAUGCCUUUUUGCAAUGAUGACUACAUGAGUUGUCAUAGUGUUUUAAAAAACUCUGGUAUUUUGAACUUGCGAUCUGGUGCACAUCUGACUGAAAGUGUGGCUAUCUGAACUGUUUUGAUAAGCAAAAUGACCCUUUUCUGAGCAGUAUGCCUCUUAGAAUUAAAUAAUUGUUGCACAGGUCCAUAUAUGUGUUGAUAUAGUCUUAUAAUUUUUCUGUUUUAGUGCAAGGUCCCUUAACCCAUUUUCCAUGGAAGAAAAAUUUAAGAAAUGUCUUUGAAUUUCUGUUUUGGCUUGUAUCACAUCCAAAUGAAUUCAUACAUAUAAAAGUUGCAAUUAUAGGCCAUUACCCAAAUAACCUAUGUGGUUUUUCGUCUAAGAGUUAAAUUAAACUGCUGUUAUCAAAGUAAUUUUAAAGCCUAUUUUUUCCCUGGGUAAAUGUUGAUGUUAGUAAUUAAAUGAGAACAUUUAUUGACUUAUUUCUAAUGAGUGCUUAAAAGAAGUAUCAAGUGUUUAG